UAAUAAUCAUCCUGAAUCUACUCUGUUAGUUUGCGCUGCUAUACACAAUACGACACCGGCAGUGAUACGUCCAGUCCCAAUCGGCAGGCCAUCUAUCUUAACAAUGGACAUUGAUAUCGAUCGGUGGUCGGAAGACGAGCGAAUGGACGAAGACCUGGGGGGCAAACACAUGCACGAAGAGCGGCAAGACGGGGAUGGUGAUGAAGUUAUGGGCGAUGGAGAAGGCACAGCUGAUGUGUACGAAGAAGAAGAAGAAAGGAUUGACAUGGACCCUCCCACGCGAGCGGAACCUGUCGAUGUCGCUCCUGCGCAAGCCUCAAUAUUUUCCCACCCACCUUCAGAAGUGCAGAAUGCCUCCUCUCGUACUCCUGAGCUUGAGAUGCGUGCUGCAACGCCUGGAUUGUUGGACGCAGAACAGCGCAAUCUGCCACAGUCGUCAGCAGCAGACGACGAGCCCUUAGCGGUUGACCCUCUGGUAGCUGCUCAUUUUCCUGCCGAUUCAGUAGCCUCGAUCGCUACUUACGAACAGGAAGUGACACAUAGCGAUACAAAAUCCGGCGAAAGUAAUAUUCAUGAAACAGGAAAGCAAGAGCUCCUUGGAGAGGUGAAUGACGUUUUGGCGGCUGACUCUACUGCGUUAGAAGAGGGAACAGACGUCGCGCUAGCUCCCGAUGCCCGCGUGUCUGUUGACGGUUCCACGACCGACCCAGUGCGAAAUGACUUUGUAGCUACGUCUUCAAGUGCCAUUGCUGCACCUCAGCGUGACUCUUCAAUGAUCAAAGAAGAAAAAAUCGCGCCCACCUCUAACGACGUGUAUGAAGACGAUGCGGAAUACGAUGGCGAGCAGGAUUAUUACGAUGACGAGCCAUUAACCCCGGAGAAUCUUCCAUCUAUUAUUCUGCAUCUUCCCGCGAGCGCUUUGCCUGCUUCCUUGUCUCCCGCGCGCGCUCUGUUUGCCAGUGUCGAGAGCGAUCCCGGGCAGAUUCCUGUGUGGCUCAAGAAUCGACAAUUAGAGCUAGCUGAAGCAAGUCUGGCGGACGUUUGGGGUGCAAUACGGGCAGAAUGCGCAAAGGAAGGAUUAAUCAAUAGUGCAGGUGAUGGAAUGGUGAUAACUGAGAAACUUAUGGAUCUUAAGAUGUCUGAGGAUGAUGUGAAUCUCCAAUCGAUAACAUUUUUGGAACUUAUGAACCUUUAUCAUGGUUGUGAUCUACCUGAACCCGUCCAGCUUCACUUGUCCUGGGAAUCUUCCAGGUUUAUUACGAGGUUCAACGCUAUUCAGUCAGAGUUGGAAGCUGCUAGAAGUAGAAGUACCAGCGAAGAACCGCCUCAUGAUCAAGAAAAUCAGGAUUACAGUGGAGUGAAAGGUCACACAGAAAAGAAGCUCGAAAGCAGCGGAGGCGAUGAUGAUGAUGAUGAAUAUGAGGAAUACGUAGAGGAAGAGGCAGCCUAUGACGAUGAACCCGAGAAUAUAGGUGAGAGUGUUGAGGAUGAGUACACCGAUGAAGAAGGUAGGCAAGCGGCUUCAGACAAGAAUCAUGAUGGGGAAUUGCAAGAUUUUGACCUUAGUGUUGAUAACUCUAAAGACGUAUCCGCCCGAGCAUUACAUCGACCUUUGGAAACCACCCAAGUCCGACCACUUGAACUCCCAGUCACGGAUUCAAAACCGGCAGUCAAUGCUGCUGGCAGAGAAGGCAAUGAAGACAAGAAUGAUAUUGUCGAAGUUUUGGACAAUAGCGAGGCAGAUGUCGAUGCUGUUUGGCCGGAAGAGUCCGAAGAGAAAGAUCCAGCGGAUAAUUUACUUCCUGAGAGCCUUGCUGCUGGAUCACCUCAGGCAACCGAGAGGAAUCAAGCUGAUUCGACUCGCGAAUCAGUGGUCGAUGCAUCAUCAACGCCAGGAGAUGGUCAAGCAGAUUUUGAUGCUGGAGCUGAAGAUGAUGGUAGCUCGAACGAGUACCAAGAUUUUUCGGAGCGCUCCAAAGAGAACUUUGACUUUAGAGAAGAAGAUAGUCCUGUUUCAAAAGAUGCUUCAUCUUCAGUGGCUCAUUUGUCUCCAAAGGUCUCAGCCGGCCAGGAUUCCUUAUCAAGUUACACUGUUUCGGAUGAAGCCGGCUUCGUCCUUGUUUCUGAAUCGGACAAAUCCAAACUGACUGCUGAACAGGCGGAACCGUCUAGACUUCCAGCCAUCGUAGAAAAAAGCGACCCGAAGAAUGCUGAGACUGGCGCGGGAAUGGAAAUGAAGGUCGAAGAGACGAGCAAGUCAGCGAGGCAUGCCGGGGUAGGUGAAAACGACGACGCCGAUCAUCUUUCCUCCAGACUCGAAGUGGAAAACGACGCAGGUCUUGUGGGAGACACAGCCGAAGCAGGCCCACGCAGGGACGCUCUAGCUGAUGUGGAAGUCACUCCAAAUGAGGACGAAGCUAUUGGUGAUGUUGAAUAUGAGGACGAGGAAGAGCUUGUAAAAGACAUUGGAGAUGAUGACGAGGGAGGAUAUGAGACGAAUGAAGGGACGUUGGAUGACGAUGAAGAAGGCAAGGCAAUAAGGGCAAGCAUACCAGAAGAGGAGACUGCGGUGAAUGCCGAUCUCAUUGUGGAAAAUGAUGACACAACGACAGCACCUAAAAGGUCGUAUGAUAGUGAAGGAGAGGAAGGCGAAAACAAAAGGACGAGGAAGGACUAAUGAUUUUAUACCAGAAUUAAAAAUCGUGUACCUUACGAUUCUAACUACUUCGCUCAUCUUCCUUUCUCUCUGUUACUAUCGCCUAGCCUUCACAAACAUCAAGUGAUCUGCCCCCGCCUUCUUGUCCCCUAAAGCUCCGCCCAUGUCAGCCGCCCUCUGCCUGGCUAUGCUCUUCAUUCCAUUAUCAAAUUGUGUUUGUGUAUAAUGCACACUGACAGCACCGUUCGAUUGUUUGUGGUACAGUAGACCGAGAUCAAGAGAUUCACGGUGUAUCGACAUUCUCAGUUGUAAGUGAAUCUUUACAUGAAGCUAACCUUCACGCUAGUCGGUCACAUUUCUCUUUUUUUUCUUUUUCUUUCACCUUUUAUUUUGGUCAGGCUCAAACUAUGUUCAUAAGCUGUUAGAGCGAAUGAUAGCCAUUGGUUAAUUAUCUCGAAUUUUAGCGGGCGGUUGUCAGAUAAGAAUGCACUACAUUACC